GGAGGAAUUCCGGCGCCGCUGUCCCAGGUGCUGAAGUACGCCACUGGACAGAUCAAGAAGGCACAGCAGUACUGGACAGUCUCGAGCGCCAAACGGGACGCGCAUCGCCGCACAAAAGCGCUCCCGCGGUUUACGAGCGGGACCUUCGGGCGAUUCGGGGCCCGAAAUUGUGAUCUGGAAGGAGGCUGAGCUGUACCAGAGAAGGCUGCCGUCCCUUUAAGAGCCCUGGUCCGCCUCCUCGUUCCGCGCAGCUGAGAAGCGUCCCCACUCGGCAGAGCAGACAGACAGGCACUGGUGCUCUGGUGUCCCUCACCGUCUCACUCGCUGCAUCACUGUGAUCGCUCAUCGGAUGCUGUAGCUCCAGGCAGCUGUGCCCCUUCUGUCCAUGGAGCGUUCGCUGGAAUCAUAAACGACGGCUGUCGGGAUCCGAGGGCCAGAGCAGAGGUGACAUUUCUGCGCUUCCUUUUUGCGCACAAAUGGAGGUGCUGCGAUGGAUCUGAGAGACGGGCUGCGGCGCUCCCCAUGGUCAGCUGAAUGAGAGAGAAGAUCCAUUUCUCAGCACAGCAGACACCGGGCUAGACGUAUAUCUGCCGAUUUACUGCCGCUUUUCUCCUGGACUGUGGAUCAGCAAAAUCCUCCAAGACGGACGGGGUGGUGGAGCAUCGAGGGAAGAACCGGGGCAACAUGAGGGAACGGGACUUCAUGCCCAACAUGGAGAGGGGCAAACCCGCCACAUACACCGGGGACAAGAAGGCGAAGAUGGCCGCGAAGACCAACAAAAAGUGGGUGAGACUGGCAACCGUGUUCGCUUACGUGCUGUCCGUGUCCCUCGCUGCCAUCAUCCUGGCCAUUUACUACAGCUUAAUAUGGAAGCCCACGUCCGCGUCCUCGGCGCCUGGAGAAGCCAGCGUGGAGGGGGUCACGGCCACGGCAAACAUCUCCAGCAACAUCUCCAUCAUCGACACCAAUGUCACAGACACUAACGCCACGUUCACGGACCUGCUGAUGCUGAACGCCACCGACUCGGACGUCGCAUCUCCAAAGGUGUCUCACUGGGCUGCGAGAAGCAUGAGCUCCACCAUGAACUCCGAUCCCCCUGGACAGUACGCAUCGGACGGCCGCUCAGCGACGAGGAACGCCAGGUCGGUGAUCCCGAUGUCCCAAAGUGGCGCUGAUGAAAAGGAUUUGAUGAAAGAACAGAGCUCCUCACCCUCACGCUACAAGAGAGACGCGUCCUUGUCCGAAACGUCCAGUGGACUACAGCCCGAUCAUCUCACAGCAUCUGGUGUGGAUGCUGCAUCAGCUGCCAGCACUGAUGACAAAAGGCAGCAGAGGGGUUCUAGGGACCAUACCCCGAAGGUAUGGCAGUGAGUGAGGAACCGGGAGGACGUGACACGUUCACGGCACCUGGGGUCCUCUCCGUGGAGGACGUGGAUCCCGAGGACAUGGAUGCUUCGCUGGGAUGUGCGCAGAUCUUUCAUAACGCGAAGACGACGUGUGUGCAGCAGCCAGACUGUGAUCCCAUAUACAUGCUUUUCAAAGGUGACCCUGACUUUGACAAGCCACUGCAUUUUUCUUUUAAGUUAUGCCUUAAACUCUAUGUAAUAUUUGUUAGGGACAUGUGACAUGAUGAAGGUCGUUAUGAAAAUUCUGACGGCGGAUUAGAUCUUAUUACUAUUCAUAAACUAGCAGUAUAUGUAUGUACAUAAAUAAACAUAUUAGCCUACAACAAGAAGAAGCAUAGGAUUCAGAGCAUGUAAAUAAUAAUAUGUAAUCUGAAACAGCGUUUCAAUGGAGACUGAGCCAUGGCCUCUAAUGAGUUAUAUACGUGACGGAAAGGCUUUAUUAUUGCGGUUCAGCAGCAUUUUCAUUUAUACUAAUAAAUGAGGAUUCCUGGCCUAGACAAGCUCAGGUAUGUGCAUAGACCCCUGUAAAUGUCCUGUAUUUGGUGUACAUAGACAACGUCCAUGCCGCCGCCAAUAGAACUUUUAGCGAAAUUAGAUACUUUUUAUGAAAAUCAUGUACAAAGGGUAUGUAUAAAUAUAUAUAAAUAUAAUAUAUAUAUCACAUAGCAAUUAAACGUCGUUAUCAAAAUGCGUUGUUGUUCGGGUUCUGAAGAAAAACAUUGAA